AUGAGUAUAGAUUUAAGGAAUAGAUACACUACUGUGAAGCAAGUGUCUAAUGAAGAUAAGAAGUGCUUUUGUAGCAGUAAAGCAGAAGAGCUAUUCGUUAAACAAGAGGUAAUGAAAGUGGGAGAUCUGCAUUUUGUAGAUUACAGGAUACAAGAAGAUUUUGAAAAUGGCUACAACUAUGUAAUACAUGAAUGGAACUUAACAGUAUUCACAGAAAUUCCAGAUGAGCAUUAUGAAAACCCCAGUGUAAUUCACUGUAUAAGCAAGAAUACAUGUAUGGUUGUGUGCCAUGUGAGGAAGUCUAAACUAUUAAAGGACACGAAAUCGUAUAUCAUAAUUCUAGCUACACUGACAGUUCUUCUCUGUUUUAUUUUUUCGUACAUUCUCUGAACACAUAAUUGAUAACAAUGAAG